UGUAGCCACCACUUUGCACUAUAUAUAGCAAAACCACCUUUACCUUCUUCACAUCACACAUUCCAUACAUAACCUUCUCUUUUCUUCUCAUCUAAAAACACUCUCAGCACAAACUUAACCAUGGCAACCACCUUCUCAAGCCAUGCCAUCAAAACCAUCCCUUCUGUCACUACCAAACCAUCUUCGUUCCUCACACCCUCAAAUAUCAAACUUUCAUCUCCAUUCAACCAUUCUCUCACCAAAACUCUCAAGCUUAACUCCACUUUGCCACACUCUUCUUUCACUUCAGUUCCCAAGAAAUCUUUCACUUGCAGAAGCCAGACUCAGCCUGUUGACUCUGAAAAAGUCCAAGAACUAAGUGUGUACGAAAUCAACGAGCGAGACCGUGGAAGCCCUGUUUACCUUAGAUUGAGCUAUAAAACUGUCAAUUCUCUUGGUGAUUUGGUCCCCUUCAGCAACAAGUUGUACACCGGAGAUCUACAAAAGCGCAUUGGCAUAACAUCUGGUAUUUGCAUUUUGAUACAAAACAAAGCUGAGAAAAAAGGGGACAGGUAUGAAGCAAUCUUCAGCUUCUACUUUGGAGAUUAUGGUCACAUAGCAGUGCAGGGACCUUACCUAACUUAUGAGGAUUCAUAUUUGGCUGUGACGGGUGGAUCUGGAAUUUUUGAGGGAGUUAAGGGUCAAGUAAAAUUGCAUCAAAUUGUGUAUCCUUUCAAAAUUUUAUACACAUUCUACUUAAAAGGUAUUAAAGAUUUGCCUCAAGAACUUCUUGUGAAGACGGUUGAACCCAUUCCAUCUGUUGAAGCUUCCCCUGCUGCUAAAGCCCUUGAACCCCAUGCCACCCUUGCUGGUUUCACAGAUUAAAGUUCAACUUCUUUUUGUAGUUUGAUAUAAGUUUCUGAAUAAUAAGUGGGUGUUUGAUGCUUUUCUUUUGGUAGUGGAGUUUCUGAAAAAGUUGACAUUGAUCCACUAGUCGUAUUUAAACAAAUAUCUUAUGUAAUUUGUAUUUGCCAUCAUUGGUGUUGGAUUAUUUAUAUGUUUUAGCUACUCUUUCUUAUGUCU